CGCUGUCAACCACCGCCUUUUAUCCUCGCAACAGCACUCUUCUACAGCUCACCAUCCAGUACAAUCCGCUGAAACAGUAAAACCCCAUCCGUCGAAACAUAAGCUGUCCAAUUUCUUGCUCUUUCGAAAAGACUGCCUUGGUCCCAUAGCGAAGCUCAUAGCUCUGUUGGUCAAUCGACGCUUCCAUCGCCCAUUACCGACAAUCAGGACACCAAACCCUCGUAUUUGCGGCGAAUAUUUCGUACUUGUUUGUGUGAAAGAAGAAGGGGGACUACACUAUCAAGAUGAGUAGUCCGAAGCGGAGAAUCGAAACCGAUGUCAUGAAGAUGCUCAUGAGUGAUUAUGAGGUCACAUUGGUCAAUGACAAUAGGCAGGAAUUCUACGUUAGAUUCAAGGGACCAGAAGAGACGCCGUUCUCUGGCGGGCUGUGGAAGAUACACGUCGAGUUACCGGAUCAAUACCCUUACAAGAGCCCAAGCAUCGGAUUCGUAAACAGGAUAUUCCACCCGAACAUUGAUGAGCUAUCUGGCUCAGUCUGUCUUGACGUUAUCAACCAGACGUGGUCACCCAUGUUCGACAUGAUCAACAUUUUCGAAGUCUUUCUUCCGCAGCUUCUACGCUACCCUAAUCCCACUGACCCCCUGAAUGGCGAGGCAGCAGCUCUACUCAUGCGAGAACCGAAGAGUUACGAGGCAAAGGUUAAAGAAUACGUUGCCAAGUACGCCAGUAAAGACGUCGUCGAUGAGGCUGGUGAGGAUAGCGAGUCAGAUGACGAGAUGAGCUCAGUCGGCAGUUAUGAUUCUGGUGACGAAGAGCCUGCAGGCCUGAUGGAAGUGUGAUUGCCAUUUGUGCUGCAGCAAUCGUCUUUUUUUUCGCGAUGCGAUGUUUCACCUGGAAUCCAUAUUCGUGCUUUUCCAUUAGUUCUUGCGGAACUCUCCCAUAUUUGCAGCAUCUAUUGCGUCGGCCUGGUGGAAGAGGGGUUUCUGGUGUUGUAUUGGAAGUCAUUUUGAUGCCAUUUGGGGUUUUCGCGCGGCGAACAUUCGUGUUUAUUUUUCUUGGACUUUAAAUUGUCUCGUCUUCCUUUUCUUUCCCGCGGGGUUCGGUCGCAGAUGCUAUUACUUCGAUGACGGCAACGGAGGAAUAUAGUGUCGUGUGAGAUUCUCCUUUCUACCAGUUGAAGGGUUUACAUUUCAGAUAUACAUAUCGAU